AGGGAGAAGGAAUUAGAGGCAAGAGAAGAGGAGGCUAAGUUGAAGGAGGAAGAGUUGAAGGCAGAGCAACAAAGGCAGGCAAAGAGGAGAGAGGAGAUGACGCUCAAAAAGAACCUUGAAAAGCAAAUGAUAGCAAAGAAGGAGCAGGAGAGACAACAGCAGGAGGAAGAACGUUACAGGGAACAGAUGAUGGUGGAUGCUGCCAUGCGCAAGAUCCAGGAGGAAGACAUGAUGGAGGUGGAACAUCGGAAAGAGGUCGAGAGGCUGAUAGAGGAGAAGAGAAGGGAGCAGGAAGAGAGAAGGAAGGCAGAGGAGCGAGAGUGGGAAGAAUGGAAGGAGCUUGAUAAGAUCAGGGCUGCCAUCAUCGAAGAGGAGAAGAAGCGACUGCUGGAGGCACAUAGGCCAUAUUUAGGACCUUUCACCCCUCAUCGGCACCUCCAGGGUCGAGGAAAUCCUUCCGACGCGUCCCCGUGAUGUCCGCUUUUUUAGGGUUGCAUUGAGUCUUCGAAAAAAAAAUCAGGGCUUUUCAGGAAGAUCUGAAACUUGUUGAGGUUUUGAUGAAUAAUUUUUAUUUCAUAUGCUCUGGUAGGAGUGAAUGCUAUGAGAAGUGGAGUUGUGAUCUGUUUUUAGAAACCACUUUCAUCUGCAGUACCUAAACAUCUUAUUAUCGGCGAUUCUGGUUUUAGCUUUACGACCUACUUCUUUGUGCGAAUGGAUAUCUCUAGUCUGCCUUGACAUUCAUAUCCUAGAAAUGGUCACAAAGAGCUCUAUGGCUCACAGAAUUCUAUGUGGGAGUCAUUGGACUCAAUAAUAGUUCCCCUCAAAGUACUUCCUUCCCACCUGGUAUGCUGAAGAUUUCUCACUUCCACUGUGUACACUCUCAUCAGCACAGAUCUGUCCUUAGAGGACAAGAUCCUCAAGUCUGGGGAAGAUCUGCUGCAGGUGCAGAUUUUUUUCUCAUUCUGCCACCUCAUUUCAGAGGUUUCUGGCAUGUCUAAACCUUUGUUGCUUUUGUACCAACGAGUACAAGUCGACACACCACAAUACAAUGCACAAUCUGAUUGACCAGGAUCUCAACUUGGGAGUGAAUCCCAUUGAUUGUGAUGAUUUUUAUACUUUAUGUAAUAAACUUUCUUUGCUCUUUGAGA